CGGGGCAGCGGCCGCGUGUCCCAGGGCCCCGGGCCCUUUUCCUGCGCCGCCCUUUACGCCGAGCCAACAGAAUAAGAUCGUUGUAUACAGCAAGAUGCAGGAAGCUCUGGAAGUGACCCUUCCUAACAAACAAGAGGAAGAUGAAAAAGAGCAGCCCACGGAGAUGGAGUACCUUAACUCUCGCUGCAUCCUUUUCACUUAUUUUCAGGGAGACAUUGGGUCAGUAGUGGAUGAACACUUCUCAAGAGCUUUAAACCAAGCUAACAGCUUCAAUCCAGAGACUGCCAUUUCAAAAAGUAAAACAGGACUAAACCCUCUGUGGAGAGAGAACUCAACAAUAGCAAACCCAAGGAGUGGUUUCCCAGCUUCAUUUUGGACCAGUUCUUAUCAAACUCCACCUCCACCAUGUCUAAGUGGAGUUCAUCAUGAUUUCCCAGUUACUGCACCAGGCACCUUCUCAACAGGAGAUCCUAGCAGCUGGCCAGGACAUGCCCUGCAUCAGACUUCUCCUCCUGCACCGCCUAGCAUGUCAGAAUCUUGGCAUUAUCCAUUAGCAUCUCAGGUGAGCCCUUCAUAUGGACACAUGCAUGAUGUGUACAUGCAUCACCACCAUCCCCAUGCACACAUGCAUCACCAUCAUCACCCGACUUCGCACCUUGACCCACGGUACAGACCUUUGCUGAUGCCUUCAGUUUGUGCAGGCAAGAUUCCUCCACCACAGUGUGAAGCAGCAAAGACAGAUCCUACUGCUGUCACCAGUGCUACCUCAGCAUGGGCAGGAGCCUUUCAUGGAACAGUCGACAUUGUGCCAACCUUUGGGUUUGACACAGGCAUCCAACAUCCGGACAAAAGUAAGGAUACAUCAUGGUUCUGAAGUACAAAUGGCUUUUACUAGUAACCAGCGUCGAGGAUUUCUACCCUUGUGAAGGUGAUACUGCAGUCUUUCUUUUUUACUGUCACUUCACAGUGACACCGGACAUACUGCAAAAUGGAUGUUGAACCAACCAGCCAUGAUUUUAUGAUUGAGCCUUUACCUCCAGAAGGCUAUUUCUGAAUCCCAGGACACUGAAAAGAAAAAAAGUGCAAACAGCUUUCUGUUGUAUAUCAUUUGUCAUCUGAGCCUGCUGCAGCAUUUCGGCAACCUAACUUCUUUUUACUCCAUUUAACAGUGUUUUGCUUGGUUGUGUGUUGUUGUCUAUACUAAUGCACAGCCCUGAUUAUCAGGAGAGACCUAAUCUUGACUAGUAGUCAUCCUUCAGGAAUACAGUUUUUUGUAGCUCUUAUGUGCACCUAUUUUUGUAGAAAUACAGAAAGUUUGCAUAAGCAUUGAUGGGCUAUUUUAGAACAGUGUAUUUUUUUAAAAUUUAAAGUAUGAAAAAUUUAAAGUUCUGUUUAAAGAACUUGUUCGCAGAAAUGCACUGGGAAAAUGUUUUAAAUGCAUAGUUUUUAGAUAUCUGAUGUGCUUGUUGUGAUAAAACGAGUCGGUCCUUCAAUGUAACAAUCCUACAAGGUCUUGAAUGUACUUUGCUUUUCGCUUAAGCAAUCAUUCAAAUGUAAAACAGUUUCCAUAGCAGUGCUCUACCACUGAACAAAUGAUUAUUUGUUGCUUUAGAUGACAACUUCGAGUUGGCCAACCAAUGAGAACAUUUUGUUGAAAAACAAGGGGCAGAUGGUUUUCCAGUGAAAUCCUAAGCAUAAGGGUAGCUUCAUCGUUUAAACAUUCUGCUACAGCAUUGAUUAACAUCACAAUAGUUGAAAACAUCCAGUACCUUGCUGAUGGUGAGAAGCUCUCUGAUCCUGUCAUGCUUCCUUACUAGGUUCAAUCUGUAACUACUGAUUGAACCUAGUCUUGCCUUCAAAGAGUAACCUUUGGUGGGUCCAAUCCCUGUGGAAUUCUUAACUUUUCUCCUCUUGCGGGAAAGCCCCCCAUCCCAUAUCACAAACUAUUUUAGAAGGCACUAGUACAGUUGUGUAAGUGCAAGCAUGAACACAGUGCAGCCAUUUACUGCAGCUCCACUAAUUCUGGAGAUAAUUCCUCAUAGUACUGCUAAGGCUGUUGAGUCUUGUCCCAUGACCUGCUGUGAGACAAGGAACAGGGCAUUUAUUAAAAAUGUCAUUAAGAGUCUAUGGGGCUAUAAAAAACAAAACAACAACAGAUAUGUCAAAUAUGUCACAAAUUGUAUCAUCAAGCCAUGAAUCAACUAGCUUAUAGCAAAACUUACAAGCUUUACUUGGUUUUGGAAAACAUAUUUCCAAACUGAUUGCACUUGCUAUUAGAAAUGAAUCUAGCAGGAAUCAGAGGAUGGAACAUAUUCUGCAGGUAUUAAUAGAAACUACAUGCCCAGUAAGAGCUUUUGCAUUCUUGAUCAGGCCUUCUUUCUGUGAAAACUUUGUAUAUUACAAAAAGUUCAAUACUAUUAAAUAC